CCGUAGUCGCGAGGUGGCCUGUGCGCCUAGGGCUUCCACGUCAGCUGGAGCAGGCGGCGGCGGUGCCAAGUACAACCGGGGAAGGGAACUGUGCGACGGGGCCCAUUGAGGAAGAGGCGGCCGCCGCUGCCGCCCGGGUUCCACAGCCGCCUCCGAUUCUGCCACGGGGUCCCUCGGCUGAGAAUUUCUGAGACCUAUUUGGAAGAACUUACAUUGGGAAAGCAUUGUACAAAAAAACCACAAUGACGGCUGCAGAGAACGUCUGUUACACGUUAAUUAUAGUGCCAAUGGACUCAGAGCCACCAUCUGAAAUAAAUUUAAAGACCGAUUUGGAAAAAGGAGAUGUAAAAUUGAAGACCGAGGCCUUGAAAAAAGUGAUAAUAAUGAUCUUAAACGGUGAAAAGUUACCAGGACUUCUGAUGACUAUUAUUCGGUUUGUGCUGCCACUUCAAGACCACACCAUAAAGAAACUGCUUUUAGUAUUUUGGGAGAUUGUUCCCAAAACUACUCCAGAUGGUAGAUUGUUGCAAGAAAUGAUCCUUGUUUGUGAUGCCUACAGAAAGGAUCUUCAACAUCCAAAUGAAUUUAUCAGAGGCUCCACCCUCCGUUUUCUUUGCAAACUUAAAGAACCAGAACUGCUAGAGCCAUUGAUGCCAGCUAUACGGGCAUGUCUGGAACAUCGUCAUAGUUAUGUGCGCAGAAAUGCAGUCCUUGCAAUUUAUACUAUUUACAGAAACUUUGAACAUCUUAUACCUGAUGCCCCUGAGCUGAUCCAUGAUUUUUUGGUGAAUGAGAAAGAUGCAAGUUGCAAAAGAAAUGCCUUCAUGAUGCUAAUUCAUGCUGAUCAGGACCGAGCUUUAGAUUACUUGAGUACCUGCAUUGACCAAGUCCAGACAUUUGGUGAUAUUCUCCAGCUGGUUAUUGUGGAACUAAUCUAUAAGGUUUGUCAUGCUAAUCCAUCAGAAAGAGCCCGAUUUAUUCGCUGUAUCUACAAUCUACUACAAUCAUCGAGCCCUGCAGUAAAAUAUGAAGCAGCAGGAACAUUAGUCACUCUUUCCAGUGCUCCAACUGCAGUCAAGGCAGCAGCUCAGUGCUAUAUUGACCUGAUUAUUAAAGAAAGUGACAACAAUGUGAAGCUGAUUGUCCUGGAUCGCUUGAUUGAACUCAAGGAUCACCCUUCCCAUGAAAGAGUACUACAAGAUUUGGUUAUGGACAUACUGAGAGUUUUGAGUACUCCUGAUUUGGAAGUUCGCAAAAAGACAUUACAGUUGGCUCUUGAUCUUGUAUCUUCCAGAAAUGUAGAAGAGUUGGUGAUUGUUUUGAAGAAAGAAGUCAUUAAAACAAAUAAUGUGACUGAGCAUGAAGACACUGAUAAAUACAGACAGUUGCUUGUUCGGACUUUACAUUCUUGUAGUGUUCGGUUCCCAGACAUGGCUGCCAACGUCAUUCCUGUGUUGAUGGAGUUUUUAAGUGAUUACAAUGAAGCGGCAGCUGCAGAUGUAUUGGAGUUUGUUCGUGAAGCCAUUCAGCGUUUUGAUAAUCUCAGGCUGUUAAUUGUAGAGAAAAUGUUGGACGUCUUCCAUGCGAUUAAGUCUGUCAAUUGCAGACCUCCACUGAGAGGCUUUUUGUUAGAUGGUGAUUUCUUUGUUGCGGCUUCCCUUGCAACAACUCUGACCAAGAUUGCUUUACGUUAUGUGACUCUGGUUCAAGAAAAGAAGAAACAAAAUACUUUUGUAGCUGAGGCCAUGCUGCUUAUGGCCAGUAUCCUCCAUUUGGGCAAAUCAUCUCUCCCCAAGAAGCCAAUCACAGAUGAUGAUGUGGAUCGGAUUUCUCUGUGCCUGAAAGUGCUCUCAGAAUGUUCCCCUCUGAUGAAUGAUAUUUUCAACAAGGAGUGCCGGCAAUCCCUUUCUCAUAUGUUGUCUGCCAAGCUGGAAGAGGAGAAGCUGUCUCAGAAGAAAGAGUCUGAGAAGAGGAACGUGACCAUUCAGCCAGAUGAUCCUAUUUCUUUUAUGCAGCUCACUGCUAAAAAUGAAAUGAGCUCAAAGGAAGAUCAGUUUCAGCUCAGUCUUUUAGCAGCUAUGGGAAAUACUCAGAGAAAAGAAGCUGCUGACCCACUGGCAUCCAAGCUCAACAAGGUAACUCAGUUGACAGGUUUUUCAGAUCCUGUCUACGCCGAAGCAUAUGUCCAUGUCAACCAGUAUGAUAUUGUGUUAGAUGUGCUUGUGGUAAACCAGACCAGUGAUACUUUGCAGAAUUGUACACUAGAAUUGGCUACGUUGGGUGACUUGAAGCUGGUGGAAAAGCCAUCUCCUCUGACUCUUGCGCCUCAUGAUUUUGCCAAUAUAAAAGCAAAUGUGAAAGUAGCUUCCACUGAAAAUGGAAUUAUUUUUGGCAACAUCGUAUACGAUGUUUCUGGAGCAGCCAGUGAUAGAAACUGUGUUGUUCUUAGUGACAUACACAUUGACAUCAUGGAUUACAUCCAGCCUGCUACUUGUACUGAUGCUGAGUUCCGUCAGAUGUGGGCAGAAUUUGAAUGGGAGAACAAAGUUACAGUGAAUACCAAUAUAGUGGACCUGAAUGAAUACUUGCAACAUAUCUUAAAAUCAACUAACAUGAAAUGCCUUACCCCAGAAAAGGCACUUUCAGGUUAUUGUGGCUUUAUGGCUGCCAACCUGUAUGCACGCUCCAUAUUUGGAGAAGACGCACUUGCUAAUGUCAGCAUUGAAAAGCCAAUUCAUCUUGGACCUGAUGCUCCAGUCACGGGACACAUAAGAAUUCGGGCAAAAAGUCAGGGAAUGGCGCUAAGUCUUGGUGACAAGAUCAAUCUCUCUCAGAAGAAAACUAAUUUAUAAGGGUCUUCUGAACAUUUACAACUAAAUGCUUGGAAUUUUGCUUGUUGGGGAUCAGAACAUUUUGCAUAUUCUGUGUUUUUGGGUUGUAGAAGCCAAACUUGUAAUGAAUAAAUUCCGGUAAAUAAUUUUUAGGUUUUACUUAUCAUUCAAGAUCAUUGUUGAUAAAACUUCAAAUAUAUUUUUUCUCUAUGUCUGUAAAAGUCAAUUUGUCUAGUCUCUUACAUGUACUCUUUCCAAACUAAAAUAAAAUACAAUUCUCUAUA